AUGGCUCCCUCCAAAAAGGCAGCGGCUCCAAAGCCUGCCUCUUCCCCGAUCAAAACCGCCUACCUCAUCCUCUACAAUGUCAUCUCUGCCUUUUUUUGGGGCGUCGUCCUCGAAAAGACAGUAUUCAGGCUCCUCAAUGGCGGCGGUCCCGUAGCUCUCUUCUACGACGUGUUUGAGCAGACAAAAUGGACCCAAACCGCCGCGGCCAUGGAAAUCCUGCACUCCCUCUUCGGAGUCGUUCGAGCCCCCCUCUUCACAACCGUCAUGCAGGUCGCCUCCCGCUUCUUGCUCGUCUGGGGCGUCCUCUUCAUCUACCCCGACCUCGCCAAGGAAACGCCCACCUACAGCUCCAUGCUCAUCGCUUGGUCCGUCACCGAAGUCAUCCGCUACUCGUACUUCGCCCUUAGCCUCUCCGGCUUUACGCCCCGCAUCCUCACCUGGCUGCGAUACAACACCUUCUUCGUGCUGUACCCCAUUGGCAUUUUGAGCGAGUGCUCAAUCAUCUAUCUUGCUGCCGUGGGACCUGCUGCGCACGAGACCGAGUACCCGUGGACGCAGCUGCCGUACAUUCUGUAUGGCAUUUUGGUAAUCUAUGUUCCAGGUGCUUACAUCCUGUACACCCACAUGAUGGCCCAGAGACGAAAGGUCAUGCGUAGCUUGAAGACCAAGAACGAAAAGGCGACUCAAUAA